UCAGUGGAUGUGCAGUGGUCACAACUGGGUCACAACUGGGUCACAACUGUCCAAUGACACGUAUAUCUCCAUGCAAGCUCUUUUGCACCGGCACAUGGAAGAUGCUUAAUGAACGGCACCGAAAAAGAUCGUCCUGACAAGCUUCUCUGCCUACAGAGUGAAGGCAGCGCCAUGAUUUCUGGUGUCUUGGCACAAGACCUUGUGGCGAAUGAUGUCUUGUUCAGGUAUUGUAGGAAGAAUCCACUUGCAAUCCAUUGUUUCCAAGACAAUUACCAGAAGCUUCCUGCCACCGCCGGCCAUUUUCAAUUCCUGCCACCAUCCAUUCCGCUCGUCCCCCUGCUUGAGAACAUCUGCAAUGACAUGGCUGAUGCAAAUGACAAUGGUGCCAUCACUUGUAGUCCCUUCAAUGCCUUCCUUGAAGAGGUUGAUCAUGCCGUACACGUCUUCCUUAGCCUUCUCAACGAAAUUGACCUCAAUGCCAAAGCGUGAGAAAGCUUCCGUUGCCGGCUUCCACUGAGCUACACGUUCCAGGAAUAGCACGUUCGGAACGUUGGCAACACCGCUCUCUUGAAGAUAUUUGAGAGCACCUUGGGCUCCACAACCUGGACCAGCCCCGAAGUCUACCACGCCCGAAGCACAUGUUGCACUAAGCACAUGUUGCACUUCGAACGUUGUGUUCGAAGCCGCCCUUUUGAGCAACUCAAAAGUAACCGUAGAGCGAGCGACAAAGUGCUUGAUGGUAUAGUUGAAAGCAAAUCCUGGGCUUUGAUUUUCCUUCAAGUCGGACCAAACUUGACGCUUUCCCCAAUUUCCGUACACGGAGCUUCGAGGUUCAGCUCCAUCAUAGUCGGACACAAAGCAAGGCUUCGAGGUUUAGCUGCAGCCCUCGCUUUGAACCAAAGUUUCACUGCAAGUCCAAAACACUAAAUUCAUCACAACUUCUGCAGGACAUGGGAUGUAGAACCAGUAUUGUCAAAGCAGGCUAAGAUCGCCAUCUGUCAGUUACCAGCACUUUCUGAUCUCUACACAAAGAUAAGAUAUUUAUAUGGAUGUGGAUUUGCCUCAAAUUUAAUGAUAUAAUUUGCACUAGAAUGAACAUGUAUAUCACUGACUAAGCAUGUACCAACAUCCAAUUGGCUGGUGGCAACUCCUUUCCCAACAUCUUCAACAUCGAUGGCCAUUGCCAUCCUUUUCUCCACCCACUGCUCUGCCGCGCUUAAGCAAGCAGAGUGCCACU